AUGUACAGUUUAAAUGAGAAAGUAGUUAUUGUAACGGGCGGUGCCUGCGGCAUUGGUGCGGCCAUAGUUCGAGAUUUCCUAAUCGAAGGAGCUUAUGUAACAUUUCUGGAUAUAAACGAAAAAGCGGGACAUAAACUAAUGGAAGAGUUAACAAGUCACAAGGAUCGCUUGCAAUUCGUAAAAUGUGACGUCAGCGAAGAAGAAGAUCUCCUUAAUGUCUUUCAGAAUGUUCAAGAUAGUUUCGGCAAGUUGGACGUCGUCAUCAACAAUGCUGGCAUCGCAGACGAAUCCUUUUCUAUGUAUAAAAAACAAAUUGCACUUAAUUUUACGACUGUGAUCACGUCUACGUUGAAAGCAUUGGAAAUUAUGCGCACAGACCGUGGCGGCAAAGGUGGAACCAUAAUCAAUGUAUCGUCAGUCAUUGGUCUCAUGCAGGUCUCACCGGGACCCUUCGUCUAUGGGGCUAUUAAGAGCGCUCUCGUACAUUUUGGUAGUACUAUUGGUAUGGAAUCGUAUUAUUCACAGACCAAGGUUCGAAUUCUCACUGUAUGUUUCGGACUUACAUAUACGAAUAUAAUACAAAAUACAAAAAGUUUUGAUCAAAAAAUUAACGAUGACGCAGAAAAAAUAAUGCAACAAGUUAUGGAACAAAGUCCGGGACAAAGUGCAGAGAUUGCUGCUAAAGGUGUAGUCGAGAGUUUCAAAAACGCGAAGAGUGGGAGCACCUGGCUUGUCAACAAUGGCGUGAUUUCGAAUAUCUCUCAAGAUAUAACAAAAGGUUAUCAAAUCAUGAGCAAACAGGUUUUCGUACAAAACUAA